UCAUGUAGAGGCAUGGCAUGGAAGCCUCGUUGCACAUCAUGGAGUUAUUUUUUCCAGCUGCCACAGGUUCCCCCACCUGGACAUACUGAGUGAGUUCUGGCCACAUCCACCUGCCCCUCUAUCUCCAACGCAUUGUUCAUCUCUCACACCAGAGAGGCUGUCGACAUGGAUCUGAGCAGUGGGAAGAACACAAGCAUACCAUCUCAAAUGAUCCAAAAAGCAGACACUUGGGCAACUUACAAGUUGAGGAGUGCUCGGAAGAAGGCUGGGCAGACGGAAGGAAGGCUGGUCGAGGAAGCAGAAACUGUAGCAUCAGAUUCAGAGCUGUCUGAGUCGGAAUGUGAAGGUUCUCGGACCUCACGCAGCUCAGCCAGGCAUGCUGCAUCGGUCAUGGCAGAUUUCUGCGAUGGGAAGAAGCAGGCCGUCCGUGAGAUUGGCUAUGGAGGCGUACUCCACGUCCCGCUGAUAAACAAGGUCAAUCUGAAGUUUACCCUAUGGCUGCUAAGUAGGAUUGAUGUGAAAUCUAGAUCCAUGCCUGUUGGAAGAGAUGGGAGGUUGUUCUUGUGCCCAAUACACAUGGAGAAGUUGCUAGGAGUGCCAUCGUCUGGAAGGCAGGUGUGUGGUUUGGAACCUGACAAUGCUCAAGAGAGGUCAGACUUUGUUAGGUUGGCAAUGGGUGCUAACCAACACUGCAACAACCCAUUGAAGGCAGCGCAAUCAGUUGUAACCAGGCCCUGGAAAGAUGAUGUAUCAUCUGACAUGGUGGAUGAAUUCAAGGUUGCUUUUGUUGUUUGGAUCAAUGGGCGCUUUCUUGCUCCAACAACAAAGCACGACCUCGGAUGUUCUGACUUCUGGGGUUCUCUAUACAUCACUAGUGAGAUCAAAGAGUUCAAUUGGGGUUCAUAUUAUCUGGAUCACAUGAUGGAGGCAGCAUCUAGGGUUCAGGCAGACAUGAAGCUAAAGAAAGCUACAAUGACAAUCACUUCAUGCCCUCUAGUCUGGCAGAUGAUUUAUUUUGAUAACAUAGACCUCGGCACGCUUAGCAAGCCGCACAAAGUGUUCCCCCGCAUACUAGACUUCACUAGCGAGUCUCAGAUCAACAAAAUGAUCAUGGAGGACAUGUUGCCUAAGCAAAGCGGGCAAGGGGAGCCAGCUUGGGGAGCAGCCAUGGCCAGGGGGCGCGAUGAUUCAUGCUACUUGGCAUGUGAAACAGGGCAGUCAAGCUCAUCGCACGCGGGGCGUCCCAGUAAGGAAGUUGACAACCCGAACCGUGGAGACGGAAUAAAAGUGGGGUCACCUUUCUCUGCAUCUCUGCUGCGCCCUGCAUCUGCCAGCGAUUUCUGUGAUUUCCUCAAGCAUGAAUACCCUGAUAUGAUGAGCUCAGAUAUUGUGGAUCAAUUGAAGUCCCACAAUGCUCGUUGCAUUCUGCAUUCAAACAUCUUCAAGGACUCUAUCAUCCGAGAGAACAUGAAGCUUGCUAAGCGUGUCCUUGAUAAAUUAUCACAAGAGAAACAGAGCCAAAGAACAAGUCUCCGUGCUAGGAGAGAAGACUACUUUAGUGCAAGCGAAUCAGAAUCAGAGUCUGAGAACAAACGUGCUAGACUGAAAAAGAACAGUCGAACUGGUGUCCGGUGGCCAAACAUCCCAGGAAUGCCCCGGUCCGGAAGCUCAGCAGGUGGGACAUCAUCAGACCGACCAGAUGUGGAGCGAGACGCUGAAUACCCUUCGUUUGACCUUGGCACUUUUAGCCCGCCGAAAAGAACCUCUAAGCAAGGACAAGAUGCUGUGCCUGUCAUUCAUGAUUUGACAGGGGCCCAGGACAACCUGAUGACAACACCGGUGCCUGCUAAUGGGAAGACGACCACACCGCACUAUCAGUAG